CGGGAGAGCGCGUGACGCCGCCGCCCCCCGCUCCCCCCCCCCUCCCGCCGCCGCUCGGGCCCGGGGCGGGCAGCGCGGCCAUGGAGCCGGAGCGCGAGUGCCGGGUCCUCUCCAUCCAGAGCCACGUCGUCCGCGGCUACGUGGGCAACAAGGCGGCCACCUUCCCGCUGCAGGUUUUGGGAUUUGAAGUUGAUACGGUGAACUCUGUCCAGUUUUCAAACCACACAGGUUAUUCCCACUGGAAGGGUCAGGUGUUAAAUUCAAAUGAGCUUCAUGAACUGUAUGAAGGACUUAAGCUGAACAAGGUCAACCGGUAUGAUUAUGUACUCACAGGGUAUACAAGAGACACAUCAUUUCUUGCAAUGGUGGUGGAUAUUAUCAAGGAGUUGAAGCAACAGAAUUCUAACCUAGUAUAUGUAUGCGAUCCAGUGAUGGGUGACAAAUGGAAUGGAGAAGGCUCUAUGUAUGUGCCCAAGGAUCUGCUCCCAGUCUACAGGGACAAAGUUGUACCUGUUGCUGAUAUAAUUACUCCUAACCAGUUUGAAGCUGAGUUACUCACGGGCAGGAAGAUUCACACAGAGAAAGAAGCUUUAGAGGUAAUGGAUAUGCUCCAUGCCAUGGGACCAGAGACUGUGGUGAUCACAAGCUCAGAUCUGCAGUCACCUCUAGGAAAUGACUACCUAAUUGCUCUGGGAAGCCACAGAAAAACUAAAGCAGAUGGUACCAAGAUGACACAAAGAAUUCGAAUGGAGUCUCCCAAAGUGGAUGCUGUCUUUGUUGGAACUGGAGACUUGUUUGCUGCUAUGCUUCUGGCAUGGACACAUAAGCAUCCAAACAAUUUGAAGGUGGCAUGUGAAAAAACUGUGUCAGCCAUGCAACAUGUUCUGCAAAGGACCAUUAAGAGUGCAAAAGCACAAGCUGGAGAAGGAAACAAACCAAACUCAGCCCAGCUGGAACUGAGAAUGGUCCAAAGCAAAAAGGACAUAGAAAACCCAGAGAUCAUAGUGAAAGCCACCGUGUUAUAAAGGCUGUACGUCUCCAAUAACGCACAAUGUAUUGAUGUCCUCAUUUCUUUCCUGUAAAUUGUAAUAUUUGCCUUAGAUCUGUGACAGAAAACUGACUUUCAUGAAAUAGUGCCCAGCAUAGGCAGAUACCCACUCUCAAACAUAUGUGCUGGCCUUGUGCAGUUUUAAAAACAAAACAGUGUGGAUUGAAGUGUAUUACCAGGUAUCAAAAUGGCUGUCAAAUUCACUUAGUCUGUGUAAUUACCCAGGCAAGAGAGUACAAUGUUUUCUGCCUUGCCAAAGACUUUAGAUGUGAAUUUGCUAAUGGAAUGCUUGACUGACUGGAAAAUAUAUUUCAGGACAGCAUCUAGUGCCAAUGGAGCUGGCUCCAUGCUCCCCUUUCCUGGAGAUAUCUGGUUACCUGCUCUGGUAUUCAGUAUCUCGGCUGCUAUGAAACUAAGCAGGGUUAAAACUACACACAAAGUUCUGCUUGUGUGUAGGAAUACUUUGAAGAUGUUUGGCAUUUAUAAGUACUGUGAAGUGACCUUGAGGUGUCAUUCAUGUUACUGAUAACUGCUCCUGUUUCUUGCCAAUGGACAGCUGCAUAAUUUCAGUUUUUGCAGGUACUGGCUGCUUAUUUCUAAUGUCUGUAGGUGCCCUCAUGAUUUUCUUCCAAAAGCUGCUCCAGAAACAUUUUCGUCAAUAAGAUAGUAUCUUUAUUCAGUAGCAUUUGUAGUUCUACCUCUGAGGCCAGAUUUGAUUUUUGUUUAGUUUUUAACUAGCAUCAAACAUUCUGUAAGGACAAAAGAGAAAGCAGCUCUUACCCUGAAAGCUGGCUACCCUAGUUUGUUCUUCAUGGGUGGAGGUAUUUCCAAACUACGUAGGGCACUUCCACAAUAGUGAGCACUAUUUGCAGGCUUAUCAAUGAAGCAAUAUGGUAAAAGUAACAUUUUUAGUUUAGUAAAUUACACAUGCUUACCAAAUGCAGUGAAACACGGGAUUUGUUCACAAUGUCUCUGCACCCUACACUGAUUAGAGAUUACAGAAAUGCAUUAUUAAUGCAUCUUUAUUUAAAAAUUCUGCAUCAUAAGGCUUCAAAAUGAGAUUCUUAGUAGUUUCAGUGUCGUGUACAUCACCACUAUAUAUAUACCAGUAGGGCAGAUAUGCUGACAGGAACUACCAGGCAGAUAUGCUGACAGGAACUACCACUCAUACUCCUGUAUGUUUUCCAUAUGGGACUGAGGUCGUUCUUCCAAGAUGAGGUCUAGUGGGUUGUUAAAUCCAAAUUCAGUUGAUGAGCUUUAGUGUCUCAGAUGACAUAGGGAUAUUAAAAUUGCAUUUUUACUUGCAGUGGCAUGAAGCAGAUUUGCCUUAGAGGGAAGUGCUGAAUUUUUCUUUAAUACCUGAGUAUGCUCAGGAAACUCACUCCUGAUUGUCUCCCAGACACCUUUCCUGCACCUUCCUCAUCACACCUGCCUAACUUCCAGUGUCACUUGCAUAGCUUCAGAGUCCCCAGAGCAGCUGGUUUGGAGAUUGCUUGGGCCACUGAAGUCUUCACUUGUCCCACCAUUUGUUGUGGAUUUUCUGCCAUUGUAAAAGUUAAUUGGUUUCACCUAGUAGAAGAGUAAUUUAUUCUGAAAGUGAAUUUUUAGCUAAAUAGAUUUUAUUCAUAGAGUAAGAUUUCAUAAUAUAUUACUCAUUUUCCGUAUCUCUGACGCAACUGAAAUGUAGAGAUUAGCAUGUUUUGCAGUAAACAUAGGAUGGAAACUUCAGGGUUUUACUCUCAACAACUAAUAAUAAUUUUAUUUCCUCUCAUGCAUUUGGUAUUAAAAAUGAAAAAGAAAAAUCACUUGAUAAUUUUAAGGCAAAAAAACCCAGAAAUUACCUACAAAACGUUACUGCCACAGUUUUUAGUAACCACUGCCAUGAAAUAACUUUAUAGCAAUAAUAAUUUUGGUGAUGUGAACAAUCACUGCAAGUAGCAGUCAGAAACAGAGAUAAGCUCAUGGCUGGUAUCCAACAUGUAAAAAGACAUGAACUAUGUUAACAGGGUAUAUGAGGAUCUGAUAGGAAGCAGUGAAGAAGAAAGAGCCAAGCUUUUCUCAGUGGUGUGCAACAAAGGCAUAAGAGGCACCAGACACAAAUUGAAAUACAGGAAAUGCCAUUUAAACAUUAAAAAAAUAUUAUUCACGGUGAGGGUGAUCAAACAUUGGCAUAGGUUGCCCAGAGAGGUUGUGGAGUCUCUGUCUUUGGACAUAUUUAACACCUGACUGAACAUGGCCCUGAGCAACCUGCUGUACCUGACCCUGUUUGUGCAGUGGGCUUGGACUAGGUGAUCUCCAGAGGUCCCUUCCAACUUCAACCAUUCUGUGAUUCUUUGAAGUACAACAAAUGGCCUUUCUUUGCAGCACUGUAUUUUUAAAUGGUUGCAAGUUGUUUUUUUUCCUUCUGGAGUACACACUUCCAGAUAGGCUAGAAAAGAGCUCAGUAGUAAUAAUUUGUCCCCUUUUUAGGUAAGCUGCUUUUUUGCAUGGGCAGUUGUGCCAGGAAUACAAUUUUUUGAGAUAGUUGCAUUCAGCAAAGGUAUUUAAAUACUUUAGCUGGUGGUGCAUUUCAGUAGUUGAACACAAAAGGAUUUAAAUGUUUUUAGCACUGAUGAAAGUGUUGCCUGCCAUAUUCCAAACAUAACUCUGAGUUUAUUAAUCUUUUAAAAUUAGACUGUUUCAUGUGGAAGUGUAUAGUUCUUACUGUCCUCUUGGGAUGAAGGGAUCAACAUAUUGAACUUCCCUGCCUGUAAAUAUCUUUGUUGACUUCGUGGCAUUAUGCUUGACACCCUCACCCACCUGUGUCCAGUUUUGCAGCUCCUCUGGGUCACGUACAAAAAUUUUCAGAUGGCCAAGCUUUGAGACCUCCACUAUGUCCCUCAGAUUGCCAAGAAUUAGACAAAUCCUAGGAGCAAUCCGCAUACAGUAAAUGGCACUUGCUUUCUAGGGCCAGCACAGAGCUCAGCUGGUUCUGGAAGUGGCUCUUGGUGCACUUUGUCCUAUAGCCAGGGCUGUGGAUUGCACAGCAUCCCCUGUACCAGCAUUAGCUUCAUUGCUAGUCACAUAACAUGGCCUGUCUUGGGAGCUGCAUGGUGCCAAACUGAGAACCUUAUGGUGGCCAUCUCUGCACUAAUGCAGUGGAAAAUCGAGGUUCUUCAGUUCUUCACAUCAGGGUAUCAAAAGGAGAGUUAAACUUGGCCUUUAUUUUUUGAAAGCCAGAUUAAGUGUGCACUGUCAAAACAUGCUGUCAAAGAAAGUGUUCUUGUUGUAAGCAUGGACAUGUGGGAAAAACCCUUUUAGUAAGUAUGAGACAGCACAACUGCUUUUGGCACUAAAAACAGACUUUCACGAAGGAAUUCAGAGAAAGGCAGGGCUGGUUUUCACUGAAAUAAAGAAGCCUGGAAUUUAGGAAUCUUAAAGCUACCUUACAAAUAACGUUUCAUCUGUAAACCAUCAUGAACCCUGACCUUGCCAUAAAAGAGAGAGAGAGAGAGAUGUAGGAGCAGUUUAUACCUGUCAGGUAUGAUCUUUUCCCACUGCUUCCAAGAAAGAUUCAGUCCAGUAAUUCAUGCCUUCCUUAGAAUCUUUGACAUAUUGAUGCUAAAAAAUAAAAAGGUAACCAUACUAAUGUGCUCAAUAUUCAAAAGUUCCUGUUUUGCAGUAGCUGGAUUCUGUAGAGCUGCUAGCUGCUUCUGCUUACGUCCCUGGGAGUUGGUUGUGUGACAUCUGUUUUAAACUCCCACUGACCUGAUCUAAAUUAGGUCAGGUUUAUGUCUCCAGUGAAGAAUUGGGCUUGACAUCUCUUGACAGCAUCAAACAUCAGGAAUUAUCUGUAAAUAUAAUCUGUAGCUAAUGUUUUGUAGUCACAACAUGUUAACAAGGAUUUUUAAAUGUCUGCAUAUACAUACUUAGAUGCUUUUUUAUUUGUUCAAAGUAACAUAGCACUUUGCCCAGAGAGUUUGUAGAACAAAAUUGAAAGGCUCAGCACAGUCCUGUCCAAUGUUCUGUUCCCUCCUCUCCUGCAUGUAAUACCUGCAUCUGCCUCUAAAGUUCCUGCUGUCUUUCUGCUGCAGCUGAAAAGUGUCUCAGUAUUAGGUAGCUGCCCAGGCUUUACUUCAGGGCUUGGAGGAGACUUAUCACGGUUGUCUGCUCCACUUGCAGAUCCUUAAGUAAAGAAAAAUCGUUAGUCUAAAUCAAUGUUGGUACUAAUUGAUUACAAGAGAACAAGCACUUUAGCCCAGAUUGUGGAGUGAAUAACUAAUCGAUUAUCUCUCCACGACCGUCCUAACAGCAUGAAAGGUUUCUAUAACCCACCACUCCAGCAUUCACCAGGUAGGGACUGCUAACUUCAGUGCCACUCGUACUCCCACGUGUAUCUGUGAAGUUGGCAGUGGAGCAGCUUCUGAUGCUGAAGUGCCUGUGCACAUGGCAGCGGUGAAUGCUUGAUGUUUGUGUCCAGUCAACUUCUUCCACCAUUCUUUCUUUUUUUCUUACUGGAAGUAAUUUGUGUUAGAUCCCUUUUUUCUGGAAUAAAUUUGGCAGUGUAUGUGGUCAGCCAUUUUGAUUACUGUGUCUGUGGAGCCGUUGUGCAGGAGAUACCAAAAGUUGUUAAAAUGUUCUACUCUAUUCUGGGCCCAGAUUAGUCUCUACAUGUUUAAAAUUCUGAUAUACCUCCUCGGGAGACAUGCAUAAGGACAUUGUGCUGAAAUCAGUGCUGUUCACACUCAAUAUAAACAUUUUAGAAAUCUGCCAUAUGAAUGGUUAACUUUAAUGUUUGUUUGCUGAUUUUAACUGUAGGUGGGAAAAAUCUAUAAUCAAUGUGUUAUACAACAGAAAUCAGAGGACCAAGGUUUUCAGCUACUUAUACUGCCUUUCUGAGUAUCUCAACUGUAUCUUGUUUGGAUGGGGUUCAUUUGUUGUCUGAGAGUGUUAUGGUGAUUGUAUUGAUUUAUUUUGUUUUAAAAUAUGUGGCAAGGAAGAUUGUAAUAAAAGCAUCUACAUCUUAUAUACUGUGCGCACACAAAUUGUUAAAUCCGAUUUUUGAAUAUGCUAAUAUUUUCAGAAUUAAAAAGAACAAGAACAGUUUGAUAGUCUUGCUGAAUAAAGUGGAUGUAAUUAAA